CCCCCCCCACCUUAUUAGUUUUUUUAUUUUUUCAUAGUUUUGCAAUCGGAAGGUCAUGAGAAGAAAUUAAUUGGUCGAAGAAAUUCUGAACAUCUUCAACGCACAAUUUGAUACCGCGACCCCAUUCAACCCGUGUUAAUAGCAUACACGGUUGAGAAAAAUCUGAAAAUGCUACUACUAUGAAACAGUGAUAAAUGAGUUUCACUUAUGUGUACAUUAUAUUAUAUAUGUGUAUUAAAAUGAUUGUUUUAGUCUUUGUCAUAAACAUUUAUUUUACGAGAUGAAAUUUCUAUGGAGAAAAUUGUAAAAAUUUUGGCGUUGAUUCAAUUUGUUUAUUACUAAUAAUUUUAUUAACACCACAAGUCUUUCGAAAGAAAACAAAAUAAGACGACUUAGCAAAAACAAAAGCCGAAGUAGUAGUGAAACUUCGAAAGCCAAGGCAUCCAUCAACUUAAUUAUAAGAUAGUUUCCUAAUAACCGAUACAACUUUGUACCAAAAAACACCCUAUUCAUUUCAAUCCAUCAAUAUGGCUGCUCAGGAAAAUUUCAUUGAUUUGGAUGAUGAUGAUUUUGAUUCAUCUGCUGUUCUCGCAUCAGAUGUGAAUUAUGCUGAAAGCUUGCAGUUACUUGAAGCUGUCAUGGCUUCAAUGAUGGUCAACGACCCUCAAAUUCCCCUGAAUUUUAUCCAAGAAGAACAGAUCAGAGAAGAAGCUGUUCACGAGUCCUCCUUACAAAUUGUUUGCGAAAUCUGUACGGACAGCAAAGAAAUCGAUCAAACCUAUGAAAAUCGGAUUUGCAACCACGUUUUCUGCAACGAUUGCAUCCGUCAACACGUUGAAGCAAGACUCGAGGAAAGUAGUACCACACGCAGUAUUGUGUGCCCAGCAGUGGAUUGUAAGGAGGAGAUUGAGUUUCAUUAUUGCCAAUCAAUCAUGCCCGAAACUUUGUUACGGAAAUGGGAUAAAAUUCUCUGUGAAUCCUCAAUAGAUUCGUCCCAGAAAAUCUAUUGUCCUUUUAAGGAUUGUUCAGCAAUGAUGUUGAUGGAUACAGAGGAGGAAGUUAUUAGUAGUAGAACAGAGUGCUUCGCUUGCUUUAGGUUGUUCUGCGCGCGAUGCUCUGUGCCGUGGCAUCAAUCAUUUAGCUGUGAAGAGUAUCAAAGAUUGGAUGUGAAUGAAAGAGCGGGUGAAGAUCUGAUGCUGAAGAAGCUUGCGGAAGAGAACAGUUGGAACAGAUGCCCUCGUUGCAAAUACUAUGUCGAAAAAUCCGAAGGAUGCAUACAUAUGACUUGCAGGUGUGGUUUCCAGUUUUGCUAUGCUUGUGGAGCGACUUGGACUGAAGAUCAUGGUGGUUGUCAGCCUGAUGAUGAAGAUUAGCCUACAAGAACCAUAAACUCUGAAGGAUGUUUUUCAUGAUUUCUUUCUUAAUCAAUGGGGAUCAACAGAGCAUCAUUAAUUAAGGCUUUUUUUUUUUUUGUUUGGUAUAAUACACUACUUUGUACUAAGAAGUUUUUGGUCUUCAACAGGAACGAAAAACAUUGUGGUGAGUAUUCCUUUUUGACUGGCAAAAAGAUUGUAUUUGAGCUUUGGUUUCCGGAAUUUACACCAAUUGUAUCUUCGAAUGUGUUCUACUACAUGUUUUUGCCGGUCAGAUUCAUAGGAUAGACAGAGAAGAUUCUGUUCGCGUGAUUUUUGGGUUGUAUAAUAAAUCAUACAAAUUGGUGGUUAAUUUUGAUAGUUAUUAUGAAGGAAUGUAGAUUGGUCUAGUAGUAGAGGAUAAGAAACAUCCCUUGUAAGUGAGUACGUUUAUCCAUUAUACUAGAAAGUGAAUGAAGAUGGACACAAAGUUAGACAUAUUCUAUACUUGGUUUUCGUGUUCAAAUCCAAAUCUUUUCUCCAACAAAUGUGUAGCAAUUUGACAAGCUGAUCCAAGAAUUCUAAAGGCAAUAUUGUCUUCACACAAAAAGCAAAAAUGUAACAAAAAUGAGAAAAAAAGGACUUUGGACCUGGUCAUAGUUCUGAAGUCUUCUUCCAAAACUCUAUCAAUACAUUAAAUGUAAGAACUUAAUUCUUAAUAUUUUUUAAUU